UGCACCUUCCGUACCUAACCACCCCCCUCCUCCUCACACACACACACACACACACUAACAGCUAACAGUUUUAGCCUUCACCUAGCCUAGUAAAGCUAAUCUUGCUCUCCACGAGCCAACUGAACGGCUGAGGAGGCCGUUUGUAGCCUAUCACCGCGCGCUUUCAUGCCUGGUUUGCUCCUGGCGCUGUCAUCCUCUGUCAGCUGAGGUCUUUACUGUACUGUACACUCCGCAACACCGCCAAGUAAACACCGGCCAGCCCCCAUGAAGACUCCGCCACUGUCCCCUCACACAUGGAGGCCAGUUGAAUAACACCCCGCAGACGCAUGGAGCCCGAGGCACCAUGGAUCUCCCAGCGCCUGCUCCAGUGGUAGCCCUUCUCCACUGACCCUUAUCUCCUCCUUCCUCCACCUCUCUCAUCUACCCCUCAUUCUUCAUACCCCACUACCACCCACCCCCACGUCUUUGACCCUAGCUUACCACUCAGCCCGUCUUACAUCAUGGCAGGGGAGAAAGGGCCCAACAAGAGGAGCGCCAUGGACAUCAAGCGCCUGGCGAGCCUCAUCCAGAGAGGGACAGGCCGCUUGCUGGUGAUUGACAGCAGGACGUUUUCUGAGUAUAAUGCGUCACACGUACAAGGUGCAGUCAACGUUUGCUGCUCAAAGCUGGUGAAGAGGCGGCUGCAGCAGGACAAAGUGUCUGUCACUGAGCUGCUUCAACCCAAUGGCAAAGUGAAGGUUGAGCUGGGCAGGAAGCAGGAAGUGGUGGUUUAUGACCAGAGUUCCAAAGAAGCAGGGCAUCUGUCCAAAGAUGGUUUUGUGCACAUUCUCAUGGGAAAGUUGGAGGGCACCUUCCACAAAGUCUCCCUUCUCACCGGAGGCUUUGCAGCUUUUUCCUCCUGUUUCCCCGGCCUGUGUGAAGGGAAGCCUGCCACUGCUCUACCUAUGAGCUUGUCCCAGCCCUGCUUGCCUGUAGCUAACGUAGGGCCUACUCGCAUCCUGCCUCACCUCUAUUUGGGAUCACAAAAAGACGUCCUCAAUAAGGAUCUGAUGGCUCAGAAUGGUAUCACCUAUGUGCUGAAUGCCAGCAACACCUGCCCCAAGCCAGACUUUAUCAGCGAAAGCCAUUUCAUGCGCAUCCCAGUAAAUGACAACUACUGUGAGAAAUUACUUCCAUGGCUGGACAAAACGAACGAAUUCAUAGACAAAGCUAAGGUAUCAAACUGCAGAGUCAUUGUGCACUGCCUGGCUGGAAUCUCACGUUCAGCAACCAUCGCCAUAGCAUACAUCAUGAAGACAAUGGGCCUAUCGUCAGAUGAUGCCUACAGAUUCGUAAAGGACAGAAGACCGUCCAUAUCCCCCAACUUUAACUUCCUGGGUCAGUUGCUGGAGUUUGAGAAGGGCCUGCGAUUACUCCAAGCUUUAACCUCCGAUGACAAGAAAUCUGAAAACAACACUAAGCAGAAUUCAGAGGUUAACGGAGUCAUCACAGGCUUCGAGAUGAAUGGUCAUCAUAGCAACUGUGACUCAUCCGCCACAGAGCCACACAUCCCGCCGGAACCCAAGCUGCCGUCACCCACCUCUCUCCAGCAAGGCUUCAAUGGCCUGCACCUCUCUGCAGAGAGGAUCAUGGACACUAAUCGACUCAAACGCUCCUUCUCCCUAGACAUUAAGUCUGUCUAUUCCCCUAACAGUCCCCACUGCCCCAACCUGGCACCCACACACUCUGAAGACGUCCCCAAGCUGUGCAAGCUUGACAGCCCAGGAAGAGGCAUCUCCAAUGGUGUCUGUUCUCAGUCUCCCGUCCUUGACAGCCCCAGCUCCUCUGAUUCACCAUUCCCCUCACCGGGCAGUGGGGGCAGCAUAGGAGGCUUGGGAUUCAGUGGAAGUGAAGGAGUCCAUCGUUCUGGUUCUUCCUCAUCCAGACCCAGAAGAAAAACCAAACAAAACUGCAGCAGUUCGCCGAUCCACUCCCAACCACGCCAGCCUCCGCAGUCCCUCAACUUGCUGCUGGACCACAAGAGCCCCAGCCUGGAAGAAAACCUAAAGGGCUCCCUGCUCCUCUCAUUACCUUCCCUGCCCACUGUGGGUUCUGGGGCUAUGUGGACCAAACACAGAGACACUGUCCAAGCCACAACCCCCGUCACUCCAGUCACCCCGACUGCAGAUGCUCCCUGGCACUUUGGAGCAGAGGAAGGUGGUCAGGGAGGGAUGGAGCUGGGAGCAGGAGAGGUAGGGGGACAGGAGUCGUCGGUGAGGUUCGGUAGCAGCUCGGCGUAUGUGGCAUUUGGCUGUAGCGAAGGUGUGCGGUUACGAGACAAAUCCCAGAGGGAGAAGCCGUCAGCACCACAGACGCAGCGAGACCUCCGAGACUCUUCGUCGUCUUCAGCAGUGACAAUGUCCACCAGCUCGAAUAACAGUGGGGCUGCAUCUGAAAAGCAGUUCAAGCGGCGCAGCUGUCAGAUGGAGUUUGAGGAGGGCAUCUCCGAGACAAGGUCCAGGGAAGAACUGGGGAAAAUCGGGAAGCAGUCAAGCUUCUCUGGGAGCAUGGAGAUCAUAGAGGUAUCCUGACAGAUAAUGGACAUCAUCAGAGCUGCCCCUUGGGGGCAAAAAUGGACCUAGUUAGAGGGAGCGCAGGAAGAGGACAUUCAAGGUGGAGCCGAGGAGUUGUUAUUGGGGGUUUUUUAAGCUCCCCUUACAGACAGUGUUAAAGACUCUAGUUGAGAGAAGGACAAAUGCAAGCUGAGCGUUAAUGUGAAAAGGUUAGCAUUCGCACCUGGACAGACAGAGCCUCAGAUGUGGUGCUUAGCAGACCAUAACCAUCCUGAACUCUUGUACAAAAAUGAAGAAAAAUCUUGGGGGGGAGGGAGGUAAAGAGGACAAAUCUAGGUACUGAACUCUUUAUGUUUAUGAGCUCUGUCCCAGACAUAAUGAAACAACCCAGGGCAAAUGUUGCAUCCUUAAUAUAUAGAAUUCUUCCCUUAUUUUGACAGAGUUGAGACACAAACUGCUUGCCUGUGGUCAAACGUAGCGUGUUUCAGUGGGUGUAUAGCUUGUGAUUUGAGCCAAGCCCGAUGUUCUCUCUCCCGACGCUUCACCCCGGUUUCGAUAAGCCUCAUAAGCUCGCACGGCUACGUUUGUCCCCCUUCCCAGUGGCUCUGCCUACUACAGGG